AUGUCUUCCCCCAGUAUAGACCAAACAGAGGGCAACGGGCCUGAUGGCUCCUCUAUCAGGCCCGUCUCGUCGCUGCUCGCCCGAUUCGAGAACAUGAAUGUCAACCCUCCGUCGCAGUCACAGCCUACCUCUGCUCCGACUCCUCUCCAGCCGCGAAAACUCUCGCCAGGGCCAAAGCCAGACAGAUUAAAGACCCUCAAGACGGGGCAAGACUCUGUCCAUGGCCCUGCUUCCCCGAUCGCUCCCGUCAAGCCGUCGAAUCUCAAGGACCGCGCUUUUGCUCCGGCGUCUCCUGUAAGCCGCGAUAGAGGGGCACUGAUCCCACCGCCUCCCCUGUCCACACGGCCGGCGCCGCCUGUUGCGUUGAAGCCUCAGGUGCUGCCUCACCCACCGGCAGUUACAGUUCAACCUCCUCUGUCGCCCCCCAAGGGGAGCACAUUGAACAUCGCUCCCGGUGAACAGUCGCCGUUCCUAGGUCCGGCUGCGAUUUCUACAUCCGCCACACCGAGCCGAUCUCCUACGCCGCUCAGGAUACCGAGCCGACCGCAUAGUCCUACUAGCAACGGGGGUGGUAGUGGUACCGCAACGCCGCGAUCUCCAAAGCAAGGAAUCUCGAAAGCUCCGUCACCGCCGCCUCCCAGACGAUCCGCCGAGCUAAAACGAGAAAAGGAACGAGAGAGGGACUGGAAGCCUGCGCCGCCGCCGCCACCAGCGCCACGAUCACAGACGACGUUGAUGAGAUCGGCUACCGGGAUCGAGGUGAGAGGCAGGUCGGCUGUUUCAAGGUCCAAUCGCUCCCAGGAGUCGUCUCCAAUUGGCGGCGUCUCGCGAGGCUCCGAAGCCAGGGCGGAAAGCAAUCCGCCAGAGUUGCCCUUGCGACCGAGGCCACAGCAACCGAAUGAUGGACCGAAUAGGACGAAGCAGAUGGCCGGAGUAUUUGAGCAGCCUACUCAGCCUACUCAGUCUACCCUCCGCCCAUCCUUAUCUGUGCGAAAACCAACGCACAAUGGAGAGCCGAAUGCUCUGGGCUUAGUCAGGGCUCCAAUUACUCCUCAGCUCACUGGGGAUGUCCGCCCUGCCUUGCCCGCACGACCUCAGACUACUGAUAUUCCCCCACAGCAUCCAAUGCCAAAUAACGGAACAAAGCCGCCCCCAAAACCUCCGCGACCAUCUGCUCCGAACCAGGCGCAGGCUGCUACUGCUUCCACUCCUCUUCCGCCACCUCCCACAAACCGAGUCGUUUCCGGUCCUCUUACCCAGCAACUACCCGUAAAGCCACUUGGGCGAUCUACGACGGUGGACGUAUCAACAGCAGAUCAUGCUAUCUUGGAUGUCCGUACGCCCCAAGCGCCUGUGGCCACUGCUGUGGUAAGACACGCGCCGGCACCUGCUGCCAACGAAGCGAUCAUUCCGAAAUCCGACCCCCCUGCCCAGAUUACAGUAUACCCCGACAUCUCGAGCACUAACCGCCGACCUCCUUUCAUCAAGAAAGGAUGCUAUGAGAUUCAACCAAAGUAUGAUCCUCGUAUUUUCGAUGUUUGCGGGCAAUAUGUUUGCACUACUGGCCCUCUGACUCGGGUGUGGAGCAUGCUGGAUGGAGAGCAAAUUGUCAGCUUGGCACACACAGAAGGCGUCAAGGCCACGGCUGUAUCGUUUAAACCCAGCGGUGACCCCGAUCAAGAAGGCUCCAAAGUUUGGAUUGGCACUAAUCUUGGAGAGAUUAUGGAAGUUGAAAUUGCGACGGAGCGCAUAUCAAUGAGCAAACCGGGUAUCCAUGGAAAGUCGGAAGUUACCAAGAUAUACCGACACCUGAACGAGAUGUGGACUGUUGACGAAGGCGGAAACUUACAUGUUUGGGGUCCCGAUGCCAGCGGAGAGCCGAAUUUGAAUAAUUAUCCUCAUCAAAGUUUCAAGAUUCCCAAGGGAGAGACUUUCUCAAUAGUGGUUGGGGAUGAGCUUUGGCAAGCGACUGGCAAACAAUUACGGAUAUUUGCUCCUACUCAAGAUAAUCACAGGCCAUUUCAGGUUUUGGCAAGGCCAAUCACAAUAGAAGGAGCGGGAGACGUAACCUCCGGUACGCUGAUGAAAGGCUAUCCCGGAAAAGUCUUUUUGGGACACGUUGAUGGAAAAGUCAGCAUUUGGUCUACAUCCGACUACUCUUGCAAGACGAUUGUGAAUGUCACCACAUGGAAAAUCAAUACACUAUCAGGUGUUGGUCAGUAUAUCUGGGCGGGAUACAAUACGGGAAAGGUUGUUGUCUACGACGUUGCUCAAACACCAUGGGUUAUUUUGAAGGAGUGGCAAGCACAUGACAGUACCAUCUUGGGGAUGAAAGUGGACUUUGCCAGCUCUUACCUACUCGAUCAAUUGCAAGUUGUUUCUCUAGGUGCGGAUAGCCGGAUCAAAGUGUGGGACGGCAUGUUGCAAGACGACUGGCUUGAAGACGAGAUGAAAUCCAAGGAUACAACAUAUUGCGACUUUGACGAGAUCAAAACACUGAUAUUCACAUGGAAUGCGGGCGCUUCUACCCCUCAUAGUCUUCGAUACUCUAACGGCGAUGCCACAUUCUUCCAAGACCUUUUGCAGUCUAGCGGCUCCCCAGACAUCUUGGUAUUUGGGUUUCAGGAACUUGUUGACUUGGAAGAUAAAAAGGCGACAGCAAAGCGAUUGCUUAAGUCGAAAAAGAAAGAGGGGACAGAUCAGGAACGAAUGAGUCACCAAUAUCGAGACUGGCGCGACUUCUUACUCAAAACCUUGGACGACUACAUGCCAGGAGAUCAUCUAUACCAUCUCCUGCACACUGCACCUAUGGUUGGACUUUUUACCUGCAUUUUUGUCAAGGCCUCGUUAAGGGAAAGGAUAACGCAUCUGAGCGGAGCUGAGGUGAAGCGAGGUAUGGGAGGUCUUCAUGGAAAUAAGGGAGCCGUUGCCGUUAGGUUCCAAGUCGACGAUUCGUCUCUCUGUUUCGUGAAUUGCCACUUGGCAGCGGGCCAGACCCAGGCCAGCUCACGCCAUAACGAUGCGGCGGCCAUUCUCGAAGCCAGCCUAUUCCCCGUCGAACGUGACGGCGAAAGUCGAAUCGACACCUUCAGCGGCGGUGGAGAUGGCUCCAUGAUUCUUGAUCAUGAGCUUUGCAUUUGGAAUGGCGACCUCAAUUACCGCAUCGACACUAUGUCACGAGAUACAGUGGUGAAGGCUGUGGAGCAAAACAACCUGGCAAAGCUCCUUGAGCGUGACCAGCUGCUUGUUGCGCGCCGCCGCAACCCAGCCCUUCGCUUGCGAGCAUUCGAAGAGCUGCCGAUUACGUUUGCACCAACCUACAAAUACGACGUAGGAACAGACACAUACGAUACGAGCGAGAAACGAAGAAGCCCCGCAUGGUGCGAUCGACUUUUGUUCCGAGGACGCGGUCGUGUGCAGCAAUUAGACUAUAGACGGCACGAAGUAAGAGUGAGCGAUCACCGACCGGUUACAGGAGACUUUCGACUUUGGGUCAAGAAGAUUCGACCAAAGGAUAGAGCGGCCGCCUGGAUGCAGUGCCAGCAAGGAUUUGAAGACGUUAGGCAGAAAGAGCUGGCAGAAGACAAGUAA